GUGUCAAUCGAAGACAGCCUCAGUUGCUGAACGGUGUUGCACAGGGGCUCAUCUAAUAACAAAACGACGAUGAUGUCCGUAUUUUAUAUUUUAUUUGAGGCCCUGCGGAACCUGAGGAGGGUUUCGAUAAGAAUAGCGACCUCUGGAAAUCGGUGCGUCUAAGAUAACAUCGGCAAGACUGCAUUUUAUCAAUUGUGACCGGAUGAUUUUGACCAGUCGGCUAGUUUAGAUAUUUUUUCUUAGAUAUAUACGCCAGCACAUUCUUUUUCCUUUUCAACCUUUUAAAAAUAUGUAUAGCAACUAUUUAGAUUGUCAUCCACAGAGUGAAAUAGUAGGUAGUAAGACAGAGAUUGAUCUAAGUCGUGCGUCCACGACUUGAACUCCCAGGUGAAAUGCCAAAGAAAUCAUGCCAUGCAAAUGCAAUUCAUAUUAUGAUAUAAUGUAUACGAUAUAUGUAUUAGAUGUGACUUGAUUAAGCAUGUAUUUAAUUUUAUAAAAACUAACUAUAUAGAAUAAAAUAGACAUGUACAGCUAACAAUAAGACUCCUGAGAUCAGCUAGUAGUAGCUUACAGUUGCAUAAGUUUGAAGGUAAUAGCAUUUUAUCAGGGCCAGAAUUGGUAAAACAAGAGAUUUUUCUUGUGAGAGCUGUUUUUUAUGGAACAAGUUAUCUAACAGUUUCACUUUAGCAGACAUUUAUAGGGCCUGAAACGAUGGCCGAGAUGCCAGGAUGAGAAAAAUUGCAGUUUUCGACAUAAUCUUUGAAAUCAUCACAAUUAUUAUAUUGCAGGUUGGAAGGAUUUUAAAACGGAGACGUGUGCCCCUAAAGGACAUCUGCCCAAGCCGUUCUGCUUGUAUUUUGACUGCUCACACAAACAGGUUCUACUGGCCAGCGGGAAUGUAUACAGAGGAGUACACAUUCACCAACCAACAACCAGGAUAUAGUUUGUCGGUAUCUGACUUACACCACAAUAGUCUUCAGUGUUUGAAGAGUCCCUGCCCCCCCGGCCUGCUUCCGGCCCAGAGUCCGUGCCUUUGCGGCCUGCUGCCGCCUGAAGUCCCUGCCCCCGCGGCCUGCCGCCGCCCGGAGUCCCUGCCCCUGCGGCCUGCCGCCGCCCGGAGUCCCUGCCACCGCGGUCUGCCGCCGCCCGGAGUCCCUGCCACCGCGUUCUGCCUGCCGCCUGGAGUCCCUGCCACCGCAGUCUGCCGCCGCCCGGAGUCCCUGCCACCGCGGCCUGCUGCCGCCCAGAGUCCCUGCCCCCCCGGCCUGCUUCCGGCCCAGAGUCCGUGCCUUUGCGGCCUGCCGCCGCCCGGAGUCCCUGCCCCCGCGGCCUGCCGCCGCCCGGAGUCCCUGCCCCCGCGGCCUGCUGACGCCCGGAGUCCCUGUCUUUGCGGCCUGCUGCCGCCCAGAGUCCCUGCCUUUGCGGCCUGCUGCCGCCCAGAGUCCCUGCCUUUGAGGCCUGCUGCCGCCCAGAGUCCCUGCCUUUGCGGCCUGUUGCCGCCCGGAGUCCCUGCCUUUGCGGCCUGCCGUCGCCCGGAGUCCCUGCCUUUGCGGCCUGCCGCCGCCCGGAGUCCCUGCCCCCGCGGCCUGCCGCCGCCCGGAGUACCUGCCACCGCGGCCUGCCACCGCACGGAGUCCCUGCCUUUGCGGCCUGCUGCCGCACGGAGUCCGUGCCCCACCCUCUCCUUUUGUUUACCGUGUCACAGAGGGCGGUAUUGUGAGGUUCUAUUAUUAUUUAUUUUUUCUUGAAUGAAACCUGUUGUUUGGUUUUUGUUUGUGUUCUUACAUGCAGCCUGUCCUUAUCCUUAUUGUUUCCUCCUGUGCCUUGUCUGUCUGUAGUUGUCCCUUCUGUCUAAUUAUUAAAAUAAAAUGAAUAAUACUUUUCAAGCAAAAUUAAACAACAAAAAAUGUAUAGGUCCACAUUAUGGGGGGUGGGUGAGGAGUCUAUAAUAAUAAAACAUAGGAAACUAAUUUCUAGAAAAGUAAAUUCCUAACGAAAUAAUUCUGAUUGGAGAUAGAUAAUAAUAAUACUUGUCAAGCAACAUUGGACAACCAAAUAUUAAUACGGUCCCCAUUAUGGGGGGUGGGUGAGGGGUCUAUAAAAAUAAAACAUAGGAAACAAAUUUGUACAAAAGUAAAUUCCUAACUAAAUAAUUCUGAUUGGAUAUGGAAAAUAAUGAUACUUGUCAAGCAAAAUUUAACAAUAAAAGAUGUAAAUGGUCCCCAUUAUGGGGGGUGGGUGAGGGGUCUAUAAUAAU